AUGAGCCGCGCGCGGGCCGCGCUGUGCCGGGGCUGCGUCGCGCUGGCCGCCGCCCUGGCCGCCCUGCUGCUGCUGCCGCUGCCGCUGCCCCGCGCGCCCGCCCCGGGCCGGGCGCCGACCCCGGCCCCCGGCGCGCCCCGCCUGCGGCCCGAGGACGUGUUCAUCGCCGUCAAGACCACCCGCAGGAACCACGCUCCGCGCCUGCGGCUGCUGCUGCGCACCUGGAUCUCCCGGGCCCGCCGGCAGACCUUCAUCUUCACGGACGGGGACGACCCCGCGCUCCGGCUGCAGGGAGGCGACCAGGUCAUCAACACCAACUGCUCGGCCGCGCGCACCCGCCAGGCCCUGUGCUGCAAGAUGUCGGUGGAGUACGACAAGUUCAUCGAGUCGGGGCGCAAGUGGUUCUGCCACGUGGACGAUGACAACUACGUGAACCUGGAGAGCCUGCUGCGCCUGCUGGCUACCUUCUCCCCCAGCCAGGACGUCUACCUGGGGCGACCCAGCCUGGACCACCCCAUCGAGGCCACCGAGAGGGCCCAAGGCGGCGGAACGGUAACCACGGUCAAGUUCUGGUUUGCUACCGGAGGAGCUGGGUUCUGUCUCAGCCGGGGCCUGGCCCUCAAGAUGAGCCCCUGGGCCAGCCUGGGCGGCUUCAUGAGCACCGCAGAGCAGGUGCGGCUGCCGGACGACUGCACGGUGGGCUACAUUGUGGAGGGGCUGCUGGGCGCCCGCCUCACCCACAGCCCCCUCUUCCACUCCCACCUGGAGAACCUGCGUAGGCUGCCGGCCAACGCCCUACUGCGGCAGGUCACCUUGAGCUACGGGGGUCCUGAGAACCCACAGAACGUGGUGAACGUGGCCGGGGGCUUCAGCCUGCAGCAGGACCCCACGAGAUUCCAGUCAGUCCACUGCCUCCUCUACCCGGACACGGACUGGUGUCCUGCGCAGAGCCAGGGCGGCCUCGUCCCUCGAUGACCCGCGACCCCUGGCCCGGGGAGCCCCCACGACCACAGCACCAGGCGGGUGUGCCCUGCAGACCCCCAGGGCCGCUCUCGGGAGAGCAAGACAGCCGGGCACUGGGCGCCGUGACCCCCGAGACGACAGGGCUUCCGGGCACCCGGAGGCUGGCCUGUGGCUGUCCUGGCCCCUUGCCGCCCCUCACCCUGCCAGACUCUGGCUGCUGGGCAGCCUGGCCCCCGCCCCAUGGGGCCCAGCACCUCCUCCACCUGCCGACCCUGAGGAGCCUGGUCCCCCGGACUCUGCUCUGCACUCCCCUCCCCGCCUCCUGCUUGGGGCCCCCAGGCUGAGCCCGGAGGGGACCUGCCCAGCCCUGGCCUGGAGCCCUCGGUGGGAGGGAGCCGGCUCCCCCUCCCUGCCCACAGUGAGCAAGUAAACGCUUCCCUGUAGCCACUGGCUCCCGUCUGGGUCUGAGCCCUGCCACGCCCCCACCACGCCCCGCCAGGCACACCUGCCCUCCCAGCUCCGCCCACCUCGCCGUGAGCCGAAACAUGAGGGUGUGAGGCCGGGGUGCUGCUGCACGGAACGUGGGGUGACAGCCUUGUCCGCCGGCCGUGCUCCUGAGAGCUGGGCCUGUGUGUAUGGGGGUGUACCCCAUGCACACCUACCUGUGCACACGUGUGCUGGCAGGGGGUGUGCGUGACUGCACACCCGUGUCACUGUGUACAUUGUCCCCGAGUUAGAACUUUUUAUUUACUUGAAAGGCAGAGUUAGAGAGGCAGAAGCAGAGCGAGCGAGCGAGAGUCUUCCACGCUCCGGUUUACUCCCCGAAUGGCCACAGUGGCGGAGCUGGGCCGAUCUGAAGCCAGGAGCCUGGAGCUUCUGAGUCCCGACGCGGGCGCAGGGCCCAGGCGCUUGGGCAGUCUCCGCUGCUUUCCCAGGCCACAGCAGGGAGGUGGAUC